AUGUCAAUGGGUGACUUUAUCGCCCAGCAGUUACUUGGUUUUUCAACACCAUCAACGUCUAUCAGUCAUUCAAAUGUCGAUUCUCAACUUUCGUCACCAGUUCCAAGUCGAUCGUCAUCAGCUUCAUCCGAUGAUCAUCAUCAAGUUAUACCUCUUCAAUCAAUGAUGUUCAGAAACUUCUGUUCGACAUUUGAUUAUGCAGCUGCUUUUCAAUUAAUGCAAUUGCAAAUGCUUUAUCAGCCAAAUCUUUUUAACACGUUUUUCAAUCAACUUACCCGUAUGGAGGCGUUAAAAAAUGCCUAUAAGGUUAAAAUUUUACCAACAAACAUUUGUCAAGUGGAAUCCCUAUUUCAAAUACAAGAAACGACGCGUGAUAAACAUAUAGAUGCAUGUCGUGAAACGAAGCGUGUGCAUUCACGUAAUGUCGAUGAGGUUCCAGUAAAACGCAGUAAAUAUGUGAAGCGCAUCAUCGAUGAUAACGAGACCAAUUCACCUGUUUCUGGAAUGUUCAUAAAGCUACCAUUGAAUGAACGGAUGUUUCAGGAAGCGUCACUGUUGCCACCACCAGAACAGCUUCAAGCUGCAGCUGACCUCGACGAUACAGCAGCUUUCGUUAAUAUUUCUGAUGAAAGUCGCCGCAAUAUCGCCCGAAUAUCAAACAUCAUUGGCGAUUGUAUUUGUGCUCUAUGCAAGGUGAAAUACGAAGACGUAUUUCGUCUUGCUCAGCACCGUUGUCCACGAAUCAUCCACGAAGAAUAUCGUUGUCCAGAAUGCGAUAAGGUAUUCAGUUGUCCAGCGAAUUUAGCCUCACACAGGCGAUGGCAUAAACCAAAGGAAUCAUCAUCAGCAUCAGAUACGCUUGAAUGCUCAACUUGUUCCACUUCAUUUGAAUCCAAAAAAUCUCUAAAGGCGCAUUCCGCAAAUUGUUGCUCGGAAGCAUCAUCCACUGUAAGGAGGAUUCAUUCAUUUCAUGUACCUAAAGACGAGAAAUCAGACGUCCCUAGAUAA